GCCACUUCCUUUUCCGUCUACGCUGAAAUAAUGGAUGCCAGCCGCGUGCAGCCCAUCAAGCUCGCCAGAGUCACGAAGGUGCUGGGCAGGACCGGAUCUCAGGGCCAGUGUACCCAGGUGCGUGUUGAAUUUAUGGAUGACAGCAACCGGUCCAUCAUCAGGAAUGUGAAGGGCCCAGUGAGGGAGGGAGAUGUGCUCACACUUCUCGAGUCUGAAAGAGAAGCACGGAGACUUCGUUAGGUGAGCAGACACUUCCUUCUACUUCUGAGUGCAUUGGUGAGGAGUGGUGCAAGACCCUGUGGACCAUGUUAACACCAGGCUCUGCUCCCACACUCCUGUCAGCUUUCAUAGCAGAUGUAUUCAGAUUAAAAAGGAGUACUUUGUCACAUUGUAUGGAGUUUACAUUGAGACAUGCCAAGCUUUACAGCAUGAUUUGAUCUUUCAGACAAGACAUGAGGGUGUGUUGUGAACAUUUGUCAUUGAAAACAAUAAACCAGUAAACAUGGGCUCUCAA